AUGCAGGGCUACGGGAAUAGCAAUUACAUCCAAGGUUAAAAUGAUAAUAAAGGUGGUGGAUAAAGCUUUGAGGUCUAUAAGAAAAUCAAGUUGCUAGGCUAAGGAGCAUUUGGCAAGGCUUUUCUAGUGGAGUGUCAAAGUGAUAAGACAUUAGCAGUAAUUAAGUAGGUUGACAUUGGAGGAAUGUCAAUGAAGGAAAGAGAAGACACUUUGAAAGAAGCAAAAAUUUUAGAAGUUUUUAAUCAUCCAAAUAUAGUCAGAUUUAGAGAAGUCUACAAGACAAAGAAAGGUAAACUAUGCAUUGUUAUGGAUUAUGCUGACGGAGGGGACUUAUAGAAACUUAUUCAGGCCUAGCUUGGCAAAGCAUUCAGUGAAAAUUAGAUCUUAGAUUGGUUUACUCAAAUAAGUUUGGCAAUGAAACAUAUUCAUGAUAGAAAAAUUCUUCAUAGAGAUAUAAAGUGCCAAAACAUCUUCUUAACCAGGUCAAAAAUGAUAAAAAUGGGAGAUUUCGGUAUUGCGAGAGUCCUCAAUCAUACUCAUGAGGUGGCAAGAUCAAUGGUUGGCACUCCUUAUUACCUGUCUCCUGAGAUUAUUCAAGGACGCCCUUAUUCAUUCAAAAGUGACAUUUGGUCUCUAGGAGUAAUGUUUUACGAAUUAUGCGCCUUAAAGCCUCCAUUUGAUGGAACAAAUAUCCAUUUUCUUGGAAUGAAGAUUGUUAAGGGAGAAUAUCCUCCUCUUCCAUCUCAAUUUAGUAGAGAAAUAAAGAACUUAAUCGCUCAAAUGCUUAAUCUUGAUGUUUCAAAGAGAAUAACCAUUAAUUAGGUGCUUAAGACUCCAAUUAUAGCUAGAAGAAUUAAGUAAUUCUUGAAUGAGGAUGUUUUUAAAGAUGAGUUUUCACAUACUAUUCUACACAAGCACAAUGUGAUGAUUCAUGGUCCUAUAGUCAAGCCACCAACUUAACUUCCCUAGCUUGACAAACCACCUCUCAGCAGAUAACCCUCUGCGCCUUAAAUUUAGCAACAAUAAUAUCAAAGACCAGUUCAGAAUCCUGUAAUGAAUAAACAAAGUCCAGCUCCUCUACCUUAACCCUUGUAAUAAUAGCCUUAAGCAUUUUAAAAAUAAGCUUCUCCUGGAAGAUUUAAUCCAAGUCCAGUAGUUGGAACACCUUCAGCAUAAAAUUAGGUUAAUAAUGUAUUCAACAGAAAUCCUCCUUCAGCUUAGAGAUAGCAGGAACCUCCAGCAUCUGACUAAUAAAGAAUAGGAUUCCCUUAUAACAAUCCUUAAAAUGCUGUUGAUAGAUUUGAAAGAGAACGUCAAGAAAGGUUAAAGAAAUAGGAAGAAGAAAAAAAGAUGAAAGAAGAAAAGCAUAAAGCAAUGCUUGAUGACAUAAAAAAGAAGAAGGAGGAAUUUAUCGUAAAGAAUGCCCCAUAAAAUUAGUAGCAGUAAUAGAAUCAAUAUAACAAAAUAGGGCAGAGGGAUUAAAUUAAAGAUUAAAUUGUUGGAGUUAAGAACAAAAUUCAUGAACUUUACUCAAGGCAAAAUUCUGCUUAAUCUCAGUUAGCAACAGAAGAAAGUGGUUCAAAAACUCCCAGAAAUGUGUUUGAUGACAGAAGAGAUAGAACUCCUCCUAAAGUUGCUAUUUCAAACUUAAGGCAGAGAACUCCACAAUAGCAAGAAGAGGAAAAGAAAUAAUAAAGAGAAUUUAACAAUAAGUACAUUGAAGAUCAGUAUGCUUAGUACGUAAAGCAACUAAAUAAUGUUCUAGACAACAAAGAUGAUGAACAAGACAACAAUAAUGAUGAUGAUGCUUCUUAGCCAUUAGAGAAUGAACAAGAUGGAAUCAAUAAUAAUUAGGAGAAUUUAGGUCCUGAAUAAGAUAGAGAUGACGACGCUGACUUUGAUAUAACCCCAACAAAGAUCUAAGAGAGGCAAGAUUAGCUUAAGGAUUUCGAAAUUGAAGAAAAUGAACCCUUCAACUUGGCUGAUCUAAGAGUUUCAAUGGUAUAAAAGCCUGACGAAUUGAGAGAGUCAACUAAUUUCUUCGAGUAGAUGCUACGUGAGUAAGUUGGAGACGUAAAAUACAGGAAAGCAGCUUAAAUUAUUGACAAGUUCAAAGGAGGAGAAAUAUUCUUUGAGAAGUACGAGCAAGCUUUGGUGAAAGUCUUAGAAAGAGAAGUCUUUAAGAAUGAAGAAUCUAUUGCAGUUGAGUUUAUUCGUUAAUACUCAAGCUAUAGUAUAAUGAAAUAGAGUAUGAAUGGGGGUGGAGCAAAUGCCUUCUACUUUGGAAUAGGUGAAAACUACUCUAAUUAGAAUAACUAUCUCUUUAUUUGA